UUUGAAUUUUUCAUUUAUCUGAUUCUUCCACUCUUCAAACCGAGCUUCCCACGAUCACCAUUAUCAAGCCCUAACCAAUUUCUUCUUCCCACGAUCACCUUCUCCAAGCCCUCACCCACGUUUUCCUCAACCUACAUUGUCAUGCUCCACUAUAUUUUUUCUAUAUAAAUGGCAUCCACUAGAAGUGGUUCGAAAUCACCAUCUCCGGCGAAGAAACUUUCUAAAAAAUCGAAGAAGCCUCCAACUGUUACUUCCAAAGUCGAAGCUAAGAUGGGGUUAAAAAAAAUUGCUAAAAAUUUAGUGGCUGAUGUUCCAGAGACAUCGGGCACUAAGAAAAGAGCCCCUCCUGUUAAAGCCGAUGCUCCUAAGACUAAAAGAGCAAAAAUUUCCAAGUCUGCACGCGAUGUAAGUUUCUCUUUGUUGUUUUUAAAUUUUUCUUUAGUUUUUUUCUGGUUGUUUUAUUUGUGGUGUUACAUUUGAUGAUUUAAAGUUUUUCACAUUUUUUGUUCUAGGUUUCCUCAGAUUCUGAUUUUGAGGAUGAAGUGCAUGGUGAGGACCAAAAGCCCAAAGUUGAAUCAAAGGUCCAUGCUAGGACCUCAGUGAAGGUUGAAGGAUUUGACCUACCAAAGAAAAAUCCCCCUAAGGUGUCCUUUUUUUUAAAAAAAAAAAAUUAUUUUUAUUAUUUGUUUUCUGUUUUUUUUUUUAGUUUUUUUUGUUUUUGUCCUGAUUUAUUUUGUUUAUAUUGAUACAGGAAUGGGAUUAUAUUUAUGACCAGAAGAAUCUAUUCAUUGCGAAAGCCUUUUCCACUGCUACUUUCCAGGUGAUAGAGAACAUUAAGUCUUGUCUUUCAGAUGUACAGCUUGAAAUGUUUUCAAAAACCUGUUUUGGUCAUUUCCUUAACCUUCCCGAUUUUAAAGUUCAACCCCAAGUGUUUCAUGGGUUGUUGCUCCGGGAGGUUCAGCAACCUAAUGAUGCUGAGUUGUGGGUAAUGAUACGCGGUGUUAGGCUUAGGUUUAGCAUUGAGGAAUUUGCAUUGAUUACUGGGUUAGACUGUGAAGGUGACUGUAGUGUCUUAGAUUUUAAGCAAGAGGUUAAUAGUCUUUGUGAAAGAUAUUGGCCAACUUCGUCCUCUAUCACUAAGGAAUCUGUUAGGGAAUGUUUUACCACCAAGAGGUGGGGUGAUUCUGAUGAGGAUGCUGUGAAGUUGGCAGUUUUGUAUUACGUGGAGUGGUUCUUGCAUAGUGGCACUAAGCAUAAAAAUGUACCCAAGUCUAUUUUAGAUGUUGUAGAUAGUGGGAGGUACAAUGAAUUUGCUUGGGGCCGGAGUUCUUUUGAAUUGACUAUUUCCUCAUUGAAGGGUAAGCUUGAUAGUUGGGUUGAGGGUGUUAGGAAGGCAAGGAGUUCGGGAAAGAGGCCGAGUGUUUUUUACACUUUGAUUGGUUGUCCUCAUGUUCUUCAAGUUUGGUUCUACGAGUGUUGUAAGUACAUGAAAGGUAAGUACUGCCAAAAGGAAAGCUCUCGUAUUCCAAGGAUCACUCAGUGGACAUGCAAUAGUCAACCUACUUUCAAAGUUUUGAAGACUACUAUCUUUGAUGUUUCCAAAGAUAAGCUGCAACUUUCAAAUAUGAGGCCCACGGCUGGUGAGUUCAAAGCUUUGAAACUGAGCAGUUUCAAGUUCGACACCGACUACAACUCUUACAAGAGUCUUCCUCUUCGUGAAGAGCCAACUGUUGCUCAGAGUGACAUUUCUGUCAAGCUUGAUGCCUUUUCUGAGAAAUUUCAUGGGUUGGAGGUCAAGAUCGAUUCGUUGCAUACUUCCCAACAGAAGAUUUCAUCUGAUUUGGUUGAGUUGAAAGAGUUUGUGUCUGCACAGUUUGUUUCUUUUGGUGCUCAGAUGGCUUCAAUGCAGACACAGUUUUCUACUGUUUUUGCCGAUUCCUAUGCCAAGGAAAAAGGCAGUGACUCUUCCAAUGAUGAUGAUGGAGGUGGUGAUGAAGCAGAUUUUGAUUUAAAUGAAUCUGAAGAAACUGAUGAAAAUGAAGAAGAGAAUGUUAUGGGUGAUGAAGAAGGGGAGGGUAGUGAAGGUGAAGAGAAGGAUGGUCAAGCCGAUGAAGAUUCUGACUCAAAAGAAAAAAAUGAUAAUGGCAGUGAUGAUGAAUCCACUGAUAGUGAGGAGAAGGUAGAUAAGUAGACAAUGUAACUAGGUUUUAGUUACUUUGUGUGGUUUAUUUUGUUGUAAGUCCGUUUUAGGUAGUGCUCUUGUAAUUCUAUGUUAUUGUUAUGUCUCUUGUUAUGUUUUAUUUUUCAGAAAUUUGCAACUA